AUGAAUAAUAAUAUUAAUAAUAAUAACCAUCUUCAUCCAAAUUAUUAUCAUCAUCCAUCAGAUAUUGAUGAUGAUGAUGAAAGUUCAAUUGAAUUUUUAGAUCAUAAUACUAGCAAUACACCUUUGACUCAUGGAACUUAUAACUAUAAUGAUUCUUCAAAUUCAAUAAAUUUUAAUCGUCCUCCAGCUCCAACUUAUACAAAUCAUUCAACAACUUCUUUAGAUUAUUAUAAUAGACCAAUAUUUGAUACAGAAAAUCCUUUUGAAAGUUAUGAAAUGCAACCAACUGCUUAUCAUGGUAAUAAUUAUAAUCAAGCUUUUGUUCCUCACGUUUAUGAUGAUGAUGAUCCUGAAGAAAAAGAAUUUGAUCAAAGAAUUCAGUAUAACAAUUUUGAAGGUGAUCAUUAUGAUUUAGCAACUGCAAGUUAUGUCGAUGAAUUUGUUGAUAAUACCCCAUUUGGAACAACUGAUCUAGAAUUUCAAGAACCUCCUUUACAAGAAGAAGUUAGAGACAAAAAACCAAUAAGAGCUAGUGGUAUAAAUGGUCAUUUAGUCUUGGAUUGUCCUGUUGCGGGUGAAUUAUUAUCUAAAUUUCCAGAUUACAAACCAGAUGAAAAAGAUGGUGCGUUAUCAAGAGAAUUCGCAUUUAUGAGAUAUACUGCUGUUACUUGUGGACCAUCUAAUUUUUACCGGGAUGCAUAUAUUUUGAGACCAGUACAUUAUCCGAUACCAAGACAAACUGAAUUAAUGAUUGUCAUUACAAUGUAUAAUGAAGAUGAUAUAUUAUUGGGUAGAACAUUAAAAGGUGUAUUUAAAAAUAUUAAAUAUCUUGAAUCAAAAUCAAGAAGUUCGGUUUGGGGUAAAGAUUCAUGGAAAAAAAUUGUUGUUUGUAUCGUUAGUGAUGGUAGAACAAAAAUUAAUGAAAGAGCUCAAGCAUUAUUAGCUGGUCUUGGUGUUUAUCAAGAAGGUUUGGCAAAAAGUAGAGUUGAUGAUAAGAAAGUUCAAGCUCAUAUGUAUGAAUAUACAACAAGAGUUGGUAUUUCAUCAGUAAAUGAUGAUGUUGUGAAAUUAACUACUGAAAAGAUUGUCCCCGUUCAGAUGUUGUUUUGUUUAAAAGAAACAAAUGCUAAAAAGAUUAACUCACAUCGUUGGUGUUUUCAAGCUAUUGGUCAAGUUUUAGAUCCAAAAAUCGUUAUUUUAUUAGAUUGUGGUACACAACCAUCAGGAAAAUCAUUAUAUAAAUUAUGGAAGGAAUUUGAUCGAGAUCAUAGAGUAGCUGGUGCAUGUGGUGAAAUUACUGUAUCUUUGAAAAAAAGACAAAUGUUAACAAAUCCUUUGGUGUAUGGACAAAAUUUUGAAUAUAAAAUUUCAAAUAUUCUUGAUAAACCAACAGAAUCAGCUUUUGGAUUUAUAUCAGUUUUACCAGGUGCUUUUUCUGCCUAUAGAUAUGUUGCAUUACAAAAUGAUAUUAAUGGUGUUGGACCUCUAGAAAAAUAUUUUAAAGGUGAAUUCUUACAUAGUUCAGGAGAAUUAGAUCCAAAUGAUGAUGAAUAUGAAUUGAAAAGAGCUUUAUUAAAAGAAGAAGCAGGAAUUUUUACAUCAAAUAUGUACUUAGCUGAGGAUCGUAUAUUAUGUUUUGAGUUGGUUGCAAAAAAAGGUUGUAAUUGGUUAUUACGUUAUUGUAAAUCUGCAAGUGCCGAAACCGAUGUCCCAGAAGCUCUUGCAGAGUUUAUUCUUCAAAGAAGACGUUGGUUAAAUGGUUCUUUCUUUGCUGCUAUAUAUUCAUUGGUUCAUUUUGUUAAAGUUUGGGGUUCAAGUCAUUCAUUUGGUAGAAAAAUUUUUCUACAUAUUGAAUUUUUUUAUCAAUUUAUUAAUUUAAUUGUUUCAUGGUUUAGUAUUGGAUCAUAUUUUUUGGUUUUUAGAAUUUUAACAACUUCAUUAUCAAAUUCAGAUUUAAAUUUUGCUCCUGGUAAUAUUUUAUCUGUUGUAUUUUUAUGGUUAUAUCUUGCUUCAAUUGUAACUACAUUUGUUUUAAGUUUUGGUAAUAAACCAAAAGGUACUGAAAGGUUUUAUAUAGUUAUUGUAAUUUUUUUUGCAAUUUUAAUGGCUUAUAUGAUUUUUGCAGCUUUAUUUAUGGCUAUUCAUUCAAUUCAACAAAUUUAUAAUUCAAAUACUCAAAUAACAGUUGCAUUAUUUUUUCAAAAUGCUGAAUUUAGAGAUUUAGUGGUUGCGACAGCUUCAACUUAUGCAUUAUAUUUUCUAGCAUCAUUUAUUUACUUUGAACCAUGGCAUAUGUUUACGUCAUUUUUGCAAUACAUUUUAUUAAGUCCUUCAUAUGUUAAUGUUUUAAAUAUUUAUGCAUUUUGUAAUAUUGAUGAUGUUUCAUGGGGUACUAAGGGUGAUGUUGGAGGUAAAUCUUUGGGUGAAGCCAAAUUAAGAGAAGAUGGUACUUUUGAUGUUAGUGUACCUAUUUUAAAAGAAGAAAUUAAUCAAUCAUAUCUAAAUCAAUUAGAAAAAAUUAGAGAUCCUGCUCCAAAAGAAGAAAAAGUUAUGAUUACAAAUACUGAAGAUUAUUAUGCUUUUAUUAGGUCAAUGACAGUACUUAUAUGGAUGAUUACAAAUUUCAUAGUUAUUGCUUUAGUUUUAGAAACAGGUGGUUUUAAUCAAUUUGUUGCAGAUGAUACAGUAGAGGAUACAAAGUCAUCUAGAUCAGAAAUAUUUUUGACAGUCAUUUUAUGGACAGUGGCAUUCAUGGCAUUGUUUAGGUUCAUAGGUUGUAUAUACUACCUUUUAGGUAGAAUGGCUAGAAGAAUGAAGGGGAGUGAACAUGCCACUAAAAUGGGAUAA